CAGCUGACGUAUCCAUAUCACGAACACGUUGUCACACUGAGUGGAUUUAAACAAACCUGAGGAAUAAUGAGAUCUUUUUUUUUCUUCUUCUUCUUAUCUUUUGUAAGCAGUGAAUGAAAUGAGACUGUGAAAGUUGUUUUCCAACACUGUACACCAGCAGGCUGCAAUGGAAACCCUACCAGUGGGUUGGACGGUGUACACCUGUGAGCAGGAAAGAGCUGGGACAGGCCUGUUGAAGGGGGAAUCUUCUGAUACUAAUGCACACACACACGUUCAGGAUCUGUUCCAUGAAGAUGCAAAGGGCUUUCAGCAGUCCAGCCAGCCGUGGUGGAGGAUCAAACUGUUUGUGUGGGAGCCGGUGCUUUUCGGCACCUGGGAUGGAGUCUUCACCACCUGCAUGAUCAACAUCUUUGGUGUGGUUCUAUUCCUGCGUACGGGCUACCUGGUGGGGAACACAGGAGUGCUGCUUGGGAUGUUCCUCGUCUCCCUGGUUGUGAUAGUUGCUUUAGUGACCGUUAUGUCAGGAAUCGGCGUGUCUGAACACUGUGGCGUAGGAAGCGGAGGAAUCUACUCCAUGAUCUCCACCAUCCUGGGGGGCAGGGUCGGGGGCACCGUUGGCCUCCUUUAUGUGUUUGGACAGUGCGUUGCUGGGGCCAUGUACAUCACAGGGUUCUCUGAGUCGGUGGCGGAGCUACUGGGUCUGCAGAGUCAGUGGGCGGUACGCUGCAUGUCAGCAGCGGUGCUGCUAGCCCUGCUUGGAAUCAACCUGGCUGGUGUCAAGUGGAUUGUCAGACUUCAGCUGCUCCUCCUGGCUGUGCUGGCUGUCUCUACACUGGACUUUGUCAUUGGCACAUUCGCACACCUUGACCCAGAUCAUGGUUUCAUCGGUUAUUCACCCGGGCUGCUCAGUAGCAACACUCUGCCAGAUUAUAGCACAGGAGAAACCUUCUUUACAGUAUUUGGGGUCUUCUUCCCUGCUGCUACAGGGGUUAUGGCAGGCUUCAACAUGAGCUCAGACCUUCAGCGGCCUGAGCAAAACAUCCCUGUUGGAACACUGGCUGCAGUCUUCACCUCGUGGUUCCUGUAUCUGGUCUUUGUCUUUCUCCUGGGGGCCAUCUGCACCAGAGAAGCUCUACGCUAUGACUUCUUGAUAGCUGAAAAGGUCUCCUUGGUGGGUUUCCUCUUUCUACUGGGCCUCUACAUCUCCUCCCUGGCUUCCUGCAUGGGCGGCCUGUAUGGAGCACCCAGGAUCCUUCAGUGCAUCGCUCAAGAGAGGGUCAUUCCCUGUCUGGCCUUUCUGGGAAGAGGGAAAGGCCCAAACAAGACUCCAGUGGCGGCUAUCUUCCUAACCAGCCUGGUGACAAUGGCCUUCAUUUUCAUCGGCCAAGUUAAUGUACUGGCGCCCAUCGUCACCAUCAACUUCAUGCUCACUUACAGCUUUAUCGACUACUCCUAUUUCAGUGUAGCCAUGACCUUCCACCUUCAGAAUAAAGAGAAGAGUGACACCCUCAUUCUGGGCAAAAGAAACCAGCGCAGAUCCACCAGGCACAGCAGCGCAUCACUGAUUCAAGCCAGUCUUCCAAACUAUGGCAGUGAUGGCUGGAGUCCACAGAGUAAAGGCACUCUGUUGGAGUUCACUAGGGACAUGGACCAGAUAUUUCCACCUGUCUCACAUGUUGACUCUGGAACUGAGAAGAUGUCCUGCAUGCAAGAGCUGAGCAACACAUCCAAAAACAGGAAGGCUUCUGCUAAGCAGAAGCUAAUAGACAGCUUUGGUUUGGACUUGAACAGCAAUGUUUCAUCAGAAGAGAAAGAUGAGGGGAGGAGUUCUGCUCCACUAGAAGAGGAAGCACAGUGGCAGUGCGGAGGUGGGGAGCUCAAAGCUGGAGAGGAGCCUCAAAUCACAGGCCGUACAAACGUUUGUCUCGUUGAGCAGGAUUUGCCUGCUGAGAUUCACAAUCACAACGCAGGUCCUCGCAGUAAAGCAGAACACCAAACCUUUGAAAUCCAACUCAUGCACAACUCCGUCUAUGCAAAGUUUUGUAACCACUGGAUCGCACUCAUUGGGGCACUGAGCUCCAUAUUGAUAAUGUUUGUUAUUCAGUGGGUUUAUGCCUUAACAAACAUAGUAGUUGCCUUGCUGAUCUUCUGCUACAUUGGGAAAACAAGUCCUGGACUGCCAAGAGGAACUGCAGCUCAGUUCAGCUUUUUCGUGUGGCUCAAAUCAACACUGAGUAGCAUUUGCAGGAGAGAAGGCUCACCCCGGGAUGAGAUCGUACUGACGCCCUCUCUGUCGGGGGCUUUGGGGCUAAAAACCAAGCAGCUGACAGAGGAAAAUGCUGACUUUGCCUCUCGUCACCGCUAUCAUCAGUCUUCAUUCAUCAGGGCCGACGAUAUGGUCCAACCACCAUUUCACUGACUGAAUUAAAUAUUGCUUCAGUUACAUGUCACAGCUGACAGCCUGAAUACCACAUUUUCUGCCUCAAACUGUGUCUCAUGUUGCACUAUGGGCAGAAUACUGCUCACUUAUUCUAUUUAUUGAAGACUUUCAGUGGCUCAAAUUAUUUUCCUGUGGUGAUCCAAGGAAAACUAAACUUUGCACAAAGAUUAUGCAGGAGAAUAAGAGACAUAAGAGACUGGAGAUGGCCAAAGUUUGUGAGUUUGUCAUGCAAACAAACAAAUGCAGAGAUUUAUUAUUUUUUCUUAAUGUAAACUUCAGCUUUAACAUUGAAAGUCUCAGCUGUCUCUUUUUUUUUUUGCCAUACCAUUACAGUGAUGGUUUUGUGGCAUUAAUAUAUCAGAUACAAAGCUUUAAAUAUAUAGCAGUUUGGCGAAGGCCUUCUUGCAGAGCUUUGAUUAUUUAAAAAAAAAAAGAAUAGACUGAUGCUCCUUCUAACAGGACGAGUAGUUAGCACAAAGAAGGUUCCUUCACAAUAUUGGUCUGCUUGUGGACAGCUGGAGCCUGUCUUUGUGGGGUUUGCAUGUUCUCCCUGGGCAUGACUUUCCUCCUGGUAUUCCGGCUUUCUCCCAGAGUCCAAAGAUAUGCACGCUAGCUUAAAUGGUAACUCUAGCCAUGGGUGUGAAGUAGAAAUAUACGGAUGAUAAAUACUUUAUCCCAUACUUGGGGAAAAAACUUUUGCUAUAAUAAUGAUGAUAAUAAUAUCUGGCAGAUGAUUCUCCGCCAGACAGAGGGUAAUAACAUGUGAAAGAGUUCCUAUAUGUGUCAGUCUGUUAGAGAAGGUGCUUCACUGCCUGUCAAGUAAGCAGUGCAGAGGGUGGUCAGGAUUAUCCAUUGAUGGAUAAGAGUUUGUUCAAUGACCACCUCUCCACUACAGCCAAUCACAGAACCAGCCUUCCUAAACAGUUUAUUCAGUCUGUUGGUGUGACCAGCUCUGCGGCUGCUCUCCCAGCAGAUCACAGUAAAGUACACUGCACUCACCAACACUGAUAGAGAAUCUCUAUCAUUUUGCUGCACACACUGAAGGAUGUAUGUAAUAAAGAGCUGUAUGGGCAGUAAAACUACAAAACUGUUACAUAAAUGCCAUUCCAUUUCCCUUUUCUUACACCUAAAGCCACUUUUGGCUGUUUCCUUGUCACAAGCAGUCUCCACAGUGGGUAACUCUGCAUGUUUUGAUUUGGCGGCAUUUUACGGUGGAUACCCUUCCUGACGCAACUCCAAAGGGGAUUUGUCCAUUUCUAUUGACACCUAAGAAUCAAAAUCAGAAACUAAUGCUUUGUUUAAUGUAUACUAUCUGGACAAAAGUACUUAGCCGCCUGCAAGUUGCACUUAAAGGAGCUGCUUGGCCAUGGAAACACACCAUGAACCAUGAAGCUCUGGGUGCAUGGCUUUUGUGCUGAUGUUAACCCAGAGGAGGUUUGGACUCAAAAACCCUGCUCUAACUGUACAAGGUCUGCCACUUUGUGCCCGAGUUGCUGUGGUUCCUAAAUGCUUCCACUUUGCAGUCUAGGAAAAAACUUUGUCUAGGAAGGAAGAAAUUUUGCAAACUACUUCAUCCUAUUGAACUACCAUGCUUGAAUUCAGUGAGCUCUUUAGAACGACCCACAAAUGUUUGUAAAGGCUAAUUGCUUGAUUCUAUAUACAAUGGGACUGAAAACUUAAGCGGUGAGGCCCAGUAUUUUUGUUCAUAUAAUAUAUAAUUCUUCAGAUAAUGAGGUUUUUCUUUUUUUUUUUUUACUCUUCUGCUUAAAAAAAACAAACAUUGCCAGCAGCCUGUCAUCACACACAUCCAGCACAUGUACAAAGCACAGCUUUUCAUUUCAUCAGUCAUGGAAGAAACAAAAAUAUUUGAAGAUGCUAUCUGGUUUGAAUUAAACACAUGCUAAAUAUUUUUUUUUUAGUUACAAGUGUGAAUUGCAUGUAUUACAAAGUUCAAGAGUCCGCAUUUGAGCAAAGCUGUGAAAACCACUUCCUCUUAUCCUGUUGUUGAGUGUAACAACCUGCCAGCAGGCACACAAGACUGUUAACCUGCUGAUUGCUUAUUUCCUUAUCACCGGUCUGAGCUGUGGAGGAGUUGGUAUGCUCAUCUAAGACUAAGUUGGUCUGCGACUUUCAGUCAAGGCCCAAUGGCUUGAAAUGUGAGCAGUCAGAAUUAAAUGUACUGUGGAGGCCACUGUUUCAAGCGCCUGACUGAAACAGUGUUAACCCCAGUUCCCCCAGAAGUUCUUUUGAACUUCAGAGCACACAAAUGUCUGCCUGGUAAUUGAGCCUGGCUGUGGAUGUGCAUAUACAAGCUCAUUCUGCAGCCCGACAGUGGCUUAGAGUCAUAAAGGAGUAACUAAGCAGUAAACAAGAAGAACAAGGAUUCCUGCAGCAGCUGGACUAGUUUUCACAGAUGAGAUAAUUUCCCGUGA